AUGUCCAACAGCAGCUCCAUGCCCCAGUUCCUCCUCCUGGCAUUCGCAGACAGGCGGGAGCUGCAGCUCCUGCACUUCUGGCUCUUCCUGGCCAUCUCCCUGGCUGCCCUCCUGGCCAACGGCCUCAUCCUCAGCGCCGUAGCCUGUGACCACCACCUGCACACCCCCAUGGGCUUCUUCCUGCUUAACCUCUCCCUCACAGACCUGGGCUGCAUCUGCACCACUGUCCCCAAAGCCAUGGACAAUUCCCUCUGGGACACCACAACCAUCUCCUACACAGGAUGUGCUGCACAGAUAUUUUUCUUUUAUUUCUUCAUGUCAGCAGAGUUUUCCCUCCUCACCAUCAUGUGCUACGACCGCUACGUUGCCAUCUGCAAACCCCUGCACUACGGGACCCUCCUGGGCAGCAGAGCUUGUGCCCACAUGGCAGCAGCUGCCUGGGCCACUGGCUUUCUCUAUUCUCUGCUGCACACAGCCAAUACUUUUUCCCUGCCCCUGUGCCAGGGCAAUGCCCUGGGCCAGUUCUUCUGUGAAAUCCCUGCCAUCCUCAAGCUCUCCUGCUCACAUUCCAACAUCAGUGAAGUUUGGCUUCUUGUGGUUAGUUGCUGUGUAGCAUUUGGUUGUUUUAUUUUCAUUGUUUUCUCCUAUGUGCAGAUCUUCAGGGCUGUGCUGAGGAUCCCCUCUCAGCAGGGACGGCACAAAGCCUUUUCCACCUGCCUCCCUCACCUGGCUGUGGUCUCUAUUGUUAUCAGCACCUCAUUCUUUGCCUACCUGAAACCACCUUCCAUCUGCUCCCCAUCUCUGGACCUGGUGGUGUCAGUUCUGUACUCGGUGGUGCCUCCAGCACUGAACCCCUUCAUCUACAGCCUGAGGAACCAGGAACUGACAAACUCCCUGAGGAAACUGGUGCUGUUUUUAAUAUUGAAUUAUGCUAAACUCAAAAUACUUCAUGAAACUUCAGACACACAUCCUGCUUUCUGAAGCAGGAUUUGACAGAGAAGCUGCUCCCUGGCCUGCAAAUAUGUCUGGCAGUCAAACUCUUUAUAACUAUAAAUGCCCCGUCCGACUUUCCUGUGGCAGAUUCUUCCACAGGCUUCCUUGAAGUGUGUGGAGCUUCUGCCAUGAAGCAGGGACAGCUCUUCAUGGUCAC